AUGACGCAGUGGCGCAAGUUCUCGGUCUCCAUCUUUCUCAUCUGCCUCCUCGAGUUCGUCUUCUGGGCCUACUGCACCGUGUCGGCUGCCGGUGCCGCCGAGGAGAUGUACAUGGUCAAGGGCAUCGAAACCUUCAAGAACGCGGCCAGCCUCGUCGAGCGCACCUCCAACGAGAACAACCUCAAGGAGGCCGACAUCCACCACCACGGCCUCGGCCUCUUCGCCAACACGGCCAUCGAUGGCCACAACGGCGUCGGGCGUCUGGGCGUGUGGAUCGCCGUCGCGGCUCAGGAGCUCAUGGCCCAUCCCUAUGAAUUCUACCAGAUGCUCAAAUUCAAAUUCUUCUACAAGGUCCCCGAUUUCCCCAAGAACUUGUCCGAGGCCGACAUUUACAGCUACAAGAAGCUGGUGAAGGUCUCCCGCUCCUUCGCCGCCGUCAUCGCCGAGCUGCCCGAGGACCUCAGAAGACCCAUUGCCAACUUCUACCUGGUAUUGCGCGGACUGGACACCGUCGAGGACGAUAUGUCUAUUCCUCUGGAGAAGAAGAUGCCCGAGCUGAGGAGCUUCUACAAGCACCUGUACGAGAAGGGCUGGAACGUGAGCGGAUACGGCGACAACGCGGACGAGAGAGAUCUCUUGGAAAGGUUCCACUACGUCGUCGACGUCUUCCUCGACCUCAAGCCCGCUUAUCAGCAGGUUAUUGCGGACAUCACCCGCAGGAUGGGCGAGGGCAUGGCCAAGUACGCCGGCGAGAAGACCGUCGUCACGCUUGAGGACUACAACGAGUACUGCCACUACGUCGCCGGCCUCGUCGGCAUCGGCCUCAGCCAGAUGUUCGCCGCCUCUGGCCUCGAAUCCGAGAAGUUCGGUCAGAUGGACGAACUGGCCAACAGCAUGGGCCUCUUCUUGCAGAAGACCAACAUCACCAGGGACUACCUCGAGGACGUCACCGCCGUCAACCCUCGCAUCUUCUACCCAAAAGAUAUUUGGGGUAAGUACGCGAAGAACAUCGGUGACCUCAAGGAGCCCGAGAACAAGGAGCAGGCGCUGCAGUGCCUGAACGAGAUGGUCACCAACGCGAUGGCCCACAUCAACGACUGCCUGGACUACAUGAUGCUCCUGACCCACCCCAACGUGUUCAAGUUCUGCGGCCUCCCGCAGGCCAUGGCCAUCGCCACGCUCGCGCGCAUCUACAACAACUACGACGUCUUCAAGAGGGAGGUCAAGAUCAGGAAGGGCGAGGCCGUCCAGAUCAUGAUGUACGGCGGUAACUACGAGACCAUCAUCAGCUACUUCGUCCAGUACAUCAAGGAGUUGGAGGACAAGAUCCCCGAGAGUGACCCGAACGCCGAGAAGAUGAGGCACUACAUCGCCGUGGCGAGGGCGAGGAUCGCCAAGGGCAGGGGAAGGCAGCAGUAA